CAUGCGUGGCUAUACUCUGCACACCGUGUGACCCGAGUCAUGUUGUUAUUCAAAUGGCGGAAGUAACGGAGUUCUUCUCGCUUGAGGGGAGUCCGGCCAACCCCGUCGUUAACCCCGCGCCAGUUCGCGACUUGUAUGGCUUUCCCAUUUCACCGCCAUUUGACGAGUUAUUUUUAGCAUACAGCAGAGUGUGGAAUGAGCAGGAGGAGGAGCGCGAGGCGCACUGGGCUGCAUACCUCAGCACUCAAGCGGCAAUCGCGGGCAGUGGCAGCUUUACGGACUUAGCGGACCUGUGCGACUAUCUUCAAGAUGCUGUCACCGUGGCACGCGAUGAGCGCGAGGGCUCUCCGCGUCGAGAGGAGCUCGACAAGCUGGUGCAGUCCGGAGUGCCCUUCACCGUUCGCGGGCGUGCGUGGAGCGUUUUCCUGGAUACGUCGGUCCGUAAGCAGAAGAACUAUUAUGCGGACCUGGUUCAGCGCUGCCUGGGCGAUCUGGCGCACCGCGGCGCUCUAGAGAUGGAGGAGAUACGGGAGCAGGCCGCGGCGGCCAGCUCCGCGCUGCAGAACGCGGCGGAGCAGCACGGCCUGAGCGGCUACACCGACAAGACAGAGGCCAACCUGGCGGUGUGGCGGGCGCACAGCAAGACGUGGCUGACCCAGAUCGAGAAGGACCUUCCGCGCACCUUCCCCGGCCUGCAGUUGAUGGAGACCUCGGGGCGGCCCGCGCUGCGCCGCGUGCUGGCCGCCUACAGCCUGCACAACAGCCGAGUGGGCUACUGCCAGGGCCUGAACUUCGUGGCGGGCACGCUGUUGCUGUUCCUGGACGAGGAGGACGCGUUCUGGUGUCUGGCGGCGCUGCUGCAGGACAUACUCAAGGGCUACUACGACGUGGACAUGAUGGGCAUGCAGGUGGACCAGCGCGUGUUCAAGCGCCUGGUGGCCGAGCACUUCCCCGACCUGUCCGCGCACAUGGAGGGCCUGGGCGCCGACGUGUCCUGCGUCUUCGUCACCUGGUUCCUGUGCGUGUUCGUCAACUUCCUGCCCAUAGAGGCCUGCCUGCGCGUGUGGGACGUGCUGUUCUACUACCGCUCGCCCACGGUGCUGUUCAAGACUGCCCUGGCGCUGCUGGAGGUGUUCAUGCCGGCGCUGUUCCUGUGCGGCGACGUGCUGGACGUGCUGGACUGCCUGCAGUCCAUGGCGCCCUACACCUACGACUCCAACAGGCUCAUCAGCCACGCCUUCGGGCCCACCUUUGACGGCGUCACGGACGCGCGGCUGGCCACGCUGCGCCGCGAGUACCGCGAGGAGGUGGAGUCGGAGGCGGACAGGGCGGAGGAGGCGCAGUGGGAGGCCAGCCGGAACCAGGCGCAGGCGGCGGCCGCGGCGGCUGCGGCGGCGGCAGCUGCUCAGCAGCAGCAACAGCAGCCCAGCAAGAUCAGUGUUCUCAAGAUGCUGGCGCGCGGAGUCAAGGAGAAGCUGGCCGGCGUGGGCGUGGGCGUGGGCGGCGGCGGCGGCGCUGGGACCGGCGGCAACAGCGUUGAGCGCGCUGCGUCGCCGUCGCCCGAGUCCAUGUCCGGCUCGGCGGCGGCGGUGGCGGCGGCUGCUAGCGGCGGCAGUGGCGUGCCGGUGGUGGUGGGUGCCGGCGGCGCCGAUGAGCCGCUGCUGGUGCACACGCCGUCCAUGCGCACGGACGGCGGCGCGGGCCCGGGCGGUGGCGGUGGGGCCGGCGGCGGCGCGGGGGCGGCUGACGCCGACAGCGAGGACUACAACCGCGUGACGGGCGAGGAGGCGUUUGAGCAGGUGGGCUACGUGGCGCCGUCGGAGCUGUCGGAGAGCGGGCCCGGCAACACGGCGGUCCUGGUGGCGCUGCCGGGGGAGGACGAGCCGCAGCAGCAGCAGCAGCAGCAGAGGGCGGCGGCAGGCGGUAACAGCGGCAGUGCAGCGGCGGCGACGCAGGCGGCAGCGGCGGCGGGUGACACAGAUCCGCUGGGUGUGCUGGCGGCGGGCCUUACGGCGGCUGCAACCGCUGCCGCCGCGGCGCCGGCACCGGCGGCCGCGCCGUCGGCCUCCGACCCCGCCGCGGCGGACCCGCUCGCGUUCCUCAUGUCGGCGCCCGCCGGCCUGCCCGCGCUGUCAGUGCCGUCGGCGGCGGCGUCGCUGGCGGCCGGCGCCGACGCCACCGGCGGCGGCGGCCCCGCCUCCGCCAGCGCCAGCGCCGUGACCCGCUGCCAGUCCGCCGUGGAGCGCUCCGCCCCCAGCUUCAUGUGGCACGAGACGCCCAAGUGGAUCAGCAUCCGCGCAGCGGGGCACAGCGUCUCCGCCGCCGCCGGCGGCGGCGCCGGCGGCGUUUUCGCAUCGGAGCCGGCUUCGCCUGGCGGCGGGCUACCGCCGCUGUCGCCUUCGUCGCCGGCGGCAGCGGACGCCGCCGGAGGCGGCGCGCUGGGUGGCGGCGGCGGCGUGCACCCGCACGAGCUGAUGCUGACGGAGGGCCGCACCAAGUCGCGCCUCAGCCGGCUGCCGCCGGCGGGGCUGGCGGCAGCGGCGGCGGGCAAGGGCGGCGCGGCUCUGGUCCUGGAGGGCGAUGACGAAGACGAAGAGCCGGAGGAGGAGGAGGCCGCAAAGGACGGCCGCGCUGGGCUGCCGGCGCUGCGACUUGACUUCGGCGCCGCUGCUGGCGCCGGCGCUGACGGGGCUGCUGCCGCUGGUACGGCGGGCGUGCCUGAGCCUGCGGGGUCUACGGCGGCGGCGGGGGCGCCGCUGGCCGCUGAGGCCGUGCCAGAGCUGCCGCUCCUCGCGGCCACGGCUGCGGCUGCAGCCACCGUCGCUGCCACCGUUGCUGAAGCGCGGGCCGCCGCCGGUAGCGCCUCCUCGGCCUCGGCCGCGGCCUCUCUGGUCAGCGGGGCGGCGGCGUUUAGCCAGGUGCAGGCGGCGGACCAGGCGCGGCGCGCGCAGGGCGGCAGCAAGCAGCGCCGCAGCGCCAAGCCCUGGGAGAAGAUGGUGUGGGAGAUCGCUAUGGCGCCCAUCCGCCAGGCGGAGCGGCAGCGGCAGCGGCAGCACGGCGCCGGAGGGCACGGCGCGGAGGACGCCUCGCAGCCGCAGGCGGACGGGGCGCAGGGUGGCGGCGGCGGCGGCGGCGGCGGGGCGGCUGACGCCGUGGCGGGCGCAGCAGCUGGAGCCGGGGCGUCAGGUGUGGAGCCGCGUCCCGGGACGCCGCCGGUCGCCAUCGCGUCCUCGAACGGGCUGGGUGGCCUGCAGCGCCCCCAGCAGCACCAGGGGCGGCAGCAGCACCCGGCGGCUGCCAUGCACCACCACCAGCACCACCAGCAGCAGCACGGCGGCGGCGCGAGCAGCGCGGCGGCUCCUGGCAGCUCCGUGGGCAGUAUGUUGAUGGUCAUGGACGAGCACAGGGAGUCUUCGCCGGCUGAGGCGCGGGAUGAGUGGGUAAUCAUGUCGGCACCCGGGGAGGGCUCCAUGGGUCGGGCCAGUGGCGCCGCUGCGAUGGCGGCGGCCAUGGCGGUGGGCGGCAGCGGGCGGCCCGGCGGCGGCGGCGGUGGCGGCGGCGGCCACUCGGCCGCAGCAGCGGGGACUUCAAGUGCGCACCAUGGGCACGGCGGCCUCCAUAACCACUUUGCCGGAGGCGGCAGCGGCAGCGGGGCCCACCCAGCCGCCUCCGCGCCGGCGUCCCAACACGCGGCCGCAGCCGCCGGCGCUGGCGCCCGGGCGGCGGCCUCACAGCCCGCCGCCUCCGCCAACGGCAGCAGCGCCCACAGCAGCCGGACCAGCGGCACCGGGGCCGGCGGCGCAGCGGCGGUGGCAGCGGCAGCUGCGGGCGGCGGCACGGGCUGUGUGGGUGCGGCUGCGGGGCCGCAGGAGGACGGCAUGGCGGGCGCACGAGGGGUCGCGGAGCUGCGGGAGCGGCUGGGUGUGGCUGACAUACUGGACCACCACACGGCACUGGCGGCCCGACUCAGGGCACACCAGGAGGAAAAGGCGGCGGCGGCGGCAGCGGCGGCGGCGGCAGUGUCCACGGCGGUGGCGGGCGCCGCGCCCCCGGCCGCCGGCGCGCCGCCCUCGCCGCCGGGCACCCCCAAGGCGUCCAGCGGUGCAGCGGCAGACCCGGCGCAGGACUCGAGCGGCCUGGCGGCCUCGCUGCAGCGCCUACUGGACGAGCUUACAUCCUCCUUGGCGGCUGCUACAGCCUCCGCCGCUACAGCCUCGGCCUGCCCUGCGGGCGGCGGCGGCGGGGCCAGCGGCCUGUUCGCGCCCAUCGCCGCCGCCGCCGGGGGCCUCGGCCUGCCGCUGCAGCCGCCGCCGCCGCCGCCGCGGGGACCCGUCACGCCCUUUGACCAAAUGGUUGUGGCACCCGGCGGCCAGGUGCGGCUACAGCCCACGGCGGCAGCGCUGCCGCCGCCGCUGCGCCCCAUCUCUGUCACUGCGGCGGCGGCUUCGCCGCUGCCCGGCUCGGCUGAGGGCAGUCUGCACGGCUCGACGUCGUCACUGGCCGGCACGCCCAGCGCGGCGGCGGCGGCGGCGGCGGCUCAGGCUGCGCAGCCCCUGCAGCUGCAGCCGCUGGCGGAGCUGCAGCGGGCGGCGGCGCUGUGCUCGCAGCUGCGGGGCGGGCUGGCGGACAGCCGGCGGCGUGGCGCGGAGGGCGAGGAUCUGCUCAACCAGUACGGCGUGUUGGGCGAGGUGCUGUCCGAGAAGCUGGAGGAGGUGGUGAGGCAGCUGGCGGAGCAGCGCGGCACAUACGCGGCGCUGGAGGCCCGCUACAACCGCGUCAUGCACCAGUACGCGGCGGCGGAGGACGCCAACAGCGACAAGGAGGACGCCAUCCGCCACCUGCAGCAGCGGCUCAGCUUCGUGGCGGGAGCGGGGCCAGCAGGCGCGGCGGCAGCCGGCGGCGGCGGCGGCGGCAUUAGUCACGCCGGGGGCAGCAUUAGUCACGGCAGCCACGGCGGGCCGCUUGCGGGGCUGGGCGCCGGCGUGGGCGGCAGUCAGCUGAUCAGCGGGCUGACGAGUGUGCUGGGGGGGCAGCGGGGACACCACGGCGCGGCGCAGGGGCCGGGAGCGGGAGGCGGAGGGGGAGGGGUUGGUGGCCUGGGCUCGGGCGCCCCUGUGAGCGGCGGCGGGGGCUUGUUGGGUGCCGGCGGCAGCGGGGUGCUUGUGGGCCAUGCCGGGCAGGGGACGGGGCCAUUCUCGUCGGCGGCGGCGAGCGGGGGCAGCGGGCUGGGUGCGAACCUGUUGAAGCUGGGGGUGAAGCUGGGGGUGAAGCUGCGGGGGCAGGACGAGGGGCAGAAUGAGUCAUGAGGGGGUGGCAGAGGGGCCUUGUGUUGGGGCUUGGGGGUGGGGCCCGUGGAGGUUGGGUUGGGAUAUGUGUAUUGCAUGCAGGCUUAGUGUGUUGAAGGGCUAUGCCUGGUACUGCCCGCGAUCACACGCUGCCGAGCUUGGGCUGCCCUCCCCGGCUGCGGUGCAGUUGUAUAGCGCGCGUGGGGACGACGUUGGGCGAUGACGGAUGCUGCUGUCGCGUGCAGGACGAACCCUAUUAUCAGACAAGGUUGGCGAGGUUUGCUUGUUGAUAGAACACAGGACAAGCAGGGAGCCGCAAUGGACCAAUACACUAGGGCUGUGAAGUUUAGGGUUUGCCAGGUUCGAGAGCAGUCUCAUUGAAAGCAUCAUGGAGAGGACAUGUUGUAACUUUAUGACCUC